CAUUGAGGAGGAAGGCUUUCACAGGCGUGGGAGGGGUUUCUCCUCCUACUGCAGCACAGACUAGCACAGACAGACAGACUGACAAGCAGGGUCAUUCCCAGACAUUACCCCAAUGGCAGAAACAGUGAAGAUGGGUCUCGGCUGCACUAUGGGACUGAGAAACAUUCUCGUUGGGAUGGUCCUCCUGCUCUCUGGUGCUGCCUCCUUGAAAAGUCAGGCAUAUUUCAAUGAGACUGGAGAACUGCCGUGCCAUUUUACAAACUCGCAGAACCUAAGCCUGGAUGAGCUGGUCAUAUUUUGGCAGGACCAGGAUAACCUGGUUCUCUACGAGCUAUACCGAGGCCAAGAGAAGCCUCAUAAUGUUAAUUCCAAGUAUAUGGGUCGCACAAGCUUUGACCAGGCCACCUGGACCCUGAGACUCCACAACGUUCAAAUCAAGGACAAGGGCUCAUAUCAAUGUUUCAUCCAUCAUAAAGGGCCGCAUGGACUUGUUCCUAUCCACCAGAUGAGUUCUGACCUAUCAGUGCUUGCUAACUUCAGUCAACCUGAAAUAAACCUACUUACUAAUCACACAGAAAAUUCUGUCAUAAAUUUGACCUGCUCAUCUACACAAGGCUACCCAGAACCCCAGAGGAUGUAUAUGUUGCUAAAUACGAAGAAUUCAACCACUGAGCAUGAUGCUGACAUGAAGAAAUCUCAAAAUAACAUCACGGAACUCUACAAUGUAUCAAUCAGGGUGUCUCUUCCCAUCCCUCCCGAGACAAAUGUGAGCAUCGUCUGUGUCCUGCAACUUGAGCCAAGCAAGACACUGCUUUUCUCCCUACCUUGUAAUAUAGAAACCAUCAAAAUGAACAGGAAGGCGAGUGAACAAACUAAGAACAGAGCAGAAGUCCAUGAACGAUCUGAUGAUGCCCAGUGUGAUGUUAAUAUUUUAAAGACAGCCUCAGAUGACAACAGUACUACAGAUUUUUAAUUAAAGAGUAAACUCCAUAUGACUAUCCAUUUUUUAAAUGCUUUCCUUUUCAAGUUUUGACUGACCUUUUUCCUGUCUCUCUACCCUUCCCAGAAGGCAAGAAAAUAUUACUGUUAAUAAUAGGAGGGGCUUCAAGACUCUCUUGAAAUGAAGCAGCCUCUCUAUAUUGCCAGCUUUGCUCCCUAAGUCAGGAGCAGAUUUUAACUAUUUCUUUCCAUUUCAGAGCACACUUGGUGGGUCCAGCCUACCUAACUGGUUCCUGGCUCAGGAAUCAUGUAUUUAAGACUAACACUUCCUUUUUCAGAUUUGGUCUCUUUUUCUUAAUUUUAUAAAUUAUAUUUUAUGUAGAACUCCCAAUUACUAGAUUUGUGCCUUUUAUCUACUCUGAAUUCUCAGGUAGUACCUUAUGCCAUCUUAUAUACCUGUGACUGAACAACUACCUCUUCAGUCUGGCUGGGAGUUAUGUAUUUUAUGACCUUAUAAAGUUAAUAGUAAUAUUUUAAAGUAUAAAGAAAUGUGUUCUGUAAUAAUGUAAUAAUGGAGAAAAGCCCAUCCUCUGCUAAGGAGUUCCUUCCCUCUGUGAGGGUAAGGAAAGUGGGGGGCCUAGUGUGCUAACAAUGAGCAGACCAACUCAAAAUCUGGGAAAUUAAGAGUGACAAAGAAGGGACCAGUUCUGUAGCCUUUACUAGCUGGGCUGUUGCUAAUAUUGAGAAGGAUCCACCUGCCCAAGAAGCUACUACUAAGCCUUAGCAAGGAGUGCUGGAUAAAGCAGGAAGUGCCAUGCAUCAAAAACCCCACUUCUCUUCUCGAAAAAAAAAAAAAAAUGAUUGAGAUGAUGGCUUGGGGACAACUGUGUGAGAGCCAAUAGAGAGAUCACAAGACUCAAAAGAGGGAAAAUAAAAGAUCUUGACCAACAGAGACACACAUGAAUGUCUAGUCCGUCCAGUCCUUCGACAAACCUUGGGACCAGCAACAGAUGGACAGUCUGUCCAAAUGGACUAAGGCCGACAGCAGUUUCCCUGGUGUUUGGUGAGAGAUUUUCAUGAUAGUCAAGUUGUAAUGUUCCAUCUGGCUGUAAGCAGAGCUGGGGAGGGAGACCUAUCAUCUAAAUCACGAGGUGAAUGGAAGAGGCUUAAGACUCUUUCAGUGAAAGGCUGAGGGAGAAGCAGCUAGAGUGGAAUUAGGAAGACCAGAAUGCAAAUCACCCAGAGGCUGACUUAGCCUACAGAAUCCUAAGGAGAUACUGGCUGGCCCAGAGCAGAGCCAGCAAACUUGUGACUGAGGACUGUCUAUGCAUCAUUCUCAACAACAGGAAAACUGGGUGCAGGAGAAGAAUAUACUAGCCCAGUAGAAAUAAGUUAGGGGACCCUGGCUGUAAGGCAGCAUCACUAAGGGAUAGAGCAGCCUCAGUUUAAAUCUAAGGAGAACUUUGGGAGGUCCAAGCUGCAGAAAUAGUAGUAGUUUUUCCCUAUAUAAAGGACCCUAAAGAGUUGCAGAUGGCUGUGCUAGCCAUGCUCAUACAUAUUACCAUUUGUAUUACCAUUUGCUCUGCCCUGUCCUUGCCUUCAUUAGGCUUUAAGCACCUUGCUGUUUCCUAACAUGUUUUAUACAGAGCAUUUAUCAAUACAUUUCUAUCAAGUUGAUGUAAAAGUCUAUAUUUUCUUCUUCUACUUCAACAGUACAUAGAAUAUGAUAUUACCCUCUCUGUCCUCCUAAUGUACACCCCUCCUUUUAACAUCUCUAAAGGUAGCCCCACUCACUAGUCACCUGGUCAAAAGCCUCUAACCCAUCCCAAACCCUCCUCUCUUCCCUUUCCUCUAACAACUGUAUAAGAAAGGGGGUCUUACAUGAUUCUCUAUGUUUAGAUAAUAAGAUAUAUGUCAGAUAAGAGAGGUCAUUUCUGAGGACAACUGGGGAAUCUGGAAUUAAGGAAGGGAUAAUUGCUUUUCAAUUUAUAAUGUUUUCUACCGUGUAAUGUGUGCUCGCAGUGUAUUAAACAAAUGCUUAGUAUAAAAAUCAUCCCUUGGAAAUACUAUGAUUAUAAAAUAAAAGCAGAUAACUGUACUGUAUAUUUGAAAGUUGCUAAGAGAGUACAUCUUAAGUUUUCAUCACAAGAAAAAAAUUUAUAAUUAUGUGUGGUGAUGGAUGUUAACUUAUUGUAGUGAUCAUUUCAUAAUAUAUACUAUACCAAAAUGUUAUGUUGUACACCCAAAACUAAUACAAUGUUACUUGUCAAUUAAAAAUAAAUAAAUGUGUAUAUAUAUGUGUGUGUAUAUAUAUAUAUAUAUGGCACAUAUAUAUAUAUAAAUAUGACCAUAUAUAUGUGUGUGUAUAUAUAUAUGGCCAUAUAUAUAUAUGGCAUUGAGACGAGUCAGGAAAAUUAUGGGGGAUAAAAAACUCUACAGGCUCUGUGAGGGUUGAGAUUUCUUCACCAGUGGAUCCCAGGCACCUAAGGUAGUACCUCAAAACUGUUAAAAGACUGAAUGAAACAUUAUCAUGCCAUCCACAAAAACAGAAAUAUAGAUCAAUGGAACAGGAUAGGAAGCCCAGAAAUAAACCCAUGCAUCUAUGGUCAAUUAAUCUAUAACAAAGGAGCUGAGACUACACAACAGAGGAAAGACAAUCUCUUCAAUAAGUGGUGCUGGGAAAACUGGACAGCUGCAUGUGAAAGAAAAAUUAGAUCAUUCUCUAAUACCAUGCACAAAAAUAAACUCAAAAUGGAUUAUGGACCUAACUAUAAGACCAGAUAUUAUAAAACUCUUAGAGGAAACCUUAGGCAAACCCUCUCUGACAUAAACUGCAAUAUCUUCUCAGAUCAACCUCUUAGAUAAUGAAAAUAAAAGCAAAAAUAAACAAAUGGGACCUAAUUAAACUUAAAAGCUUUUGCACAGCAAAGGAAACUAUAAAUGAAACAAAAAGACAACCCACAGAAUGGGAUAAAGUAUUUACAAAUGAACCAAUCAACAUGAGAUUAAUCUCCAAAGUAUAAAAAGAGCUCAUACAGUUCAAAAUCAAAACAAAUAAACAACCCAAUUCAAAAAAUGCGCAGAAGAUCUAAACAUAUGUGUCUCCAAAGAAGACAUACAGAUGGCCAAAAAGCAUAUGAAAAGAUACUCAUCAUUGCUAAUUAUUAGAGAAAUGCAAAUCAAAACCACCAUGAAGUAUCACUUCACCUUGGUCAAAAUGGCCAUCAUCAAAAAGACUACAAAUAAUAAAUGCUGGAGAAAAUGUGAGGAAAGGGGAACCCUCCUGUAUUAUUUACACUAUGGAAAGCAGUAUGGAGGUUCCUCAAAAAACUAAAAGUAGAACUACAAUGUGAUCCAGCAGUCCCACUCCUGGGCAUGUAUCCAGAGAAAACUGUAAUUCAAAAAGAUACAUCCACCUCAGUGUUCACUGUAGCACUAUUUACAAUAGUCAAGACAUGGAAGCAACCUAAAUGUCCAUUGACAAAGGAAUGGAUAAGGAAGAUGUGGUGAUAUAUACAAUGGAAUAUUACUCAGCCAUAAAAAGAAUGAAAUAAUGCCAUUUGCAGCAACAUGGAUGGAACUAGAGAUUAUCAUACUAAAUGAAGUCAAAUAUUAUAUAAUAUUACUUACAUGUAGAAUCUAAGAUACAAAUGAACUUAAUUACAAAAUAAAAACAGUCUUACAAACUUCAAAACAAACUUACAGUGACCAAAGUGGACAGGUUUGAAGGGGAUGGAUUGGGGGUUGGGGAUAGGCAUAUGCACACUAUUGUAUAUGGAAUAGAUGGUCAACAGGCACCUGCUGUAUAGCACAGGGAACUCUACCCAAUAUUCUGUAAUAACCUUGGGAAAACAAUAUGAAAAAAAAUGGAUCUGUAUAUAUGUAUAACUGAAUCACUUUGUUGUACAGCACAAAUUAUCAUAAUGUUGUAAAUCAACUAUAAUUCAAUAAAACUUAAAA